AUGUGCGUUCUCCCGCUCUUACUGCAAUUCUAUCUAAUCUUUGUGGCGCAGGCCAGUCAUUAUUAUGAGCCAACCUUGUUGACAGUUGAAGAUAUUAUACUUCAAGCGCUCCAUCAGAGGCAGAUUGUUUGCGAUGAUGUGCAUGAGUUCAGCUUCUGUUUGAGGCCAGCGACUAAGGGUUUCAAUUACACCGACGGAUGCACCAACUGUAGUUGCCUCGGUGAAGAUCGGGUACAGGAAAUGCCAAAGUUGGAGAAGCCGGAGUUGGAGAAGCCAGGGUUGGAGAAGCCAGAGUUGAAAAAGCCUAAGUGGGAGGAGUUGGAGGAGCCGAAUGUGGAAAUGUCGGAGUUGGCGAAUGCGACCGACAUCGUGACCCUUGGUCAUAUGCCAGAACAUAUGUCAUAUACAGAACACUCUGUAGGUCUGAAGGCCCCUGAAGACAUGGAGAAAUGUGUAGGAAAGUACGAAGAAUGCAGGAAACCGAAGAACGAUUAUGAGGAGUCUCUGUGUGAGCAACUGGCAAUGAUUCAAUAUGAACACUUCCUCAACUACUUGAAGAACUUUCAAGAGAAAUCUGAGCUGUAUUAG